AACCAUUGAACCAGUCACUCGACUGGUUCGAUGACCGGUCCGGUUCUCGCAACCUUGGUUAGAACCUAGAAGGCUACCUCAACCGGGUCUGGCCCUAUAUCGGAUCACCUGGACUGACCCGGUGAGGAUGCAUAGUACUCCAAAAUUUAGGGCGCGCACAAGCACUGAAGACAGUGAGGCACAACCCUGAACCUGAACCCCCCUUUCUCUCAGCACGCAGCCACGCACCCUCCUCAGUCCCCUCACGCACGGCGCCAUCCUUUCCCUCAGCCCUCUCGCUGUCUUUCACCAGCCACCGUCACCACUCGCCACCCUGAAAAAAAUUAGUUAGUGAUGAUAAAGAAGAAUGGGAGGAGGAGAUAAUUGUAUUCCUGCACAAAUUAUUUAGGAGAACAAAGUAAUGGAUACUGCUAUUGAUACUGCUCCAGCUCCUGAUGCACCACAAUGUUGCUAUUGAUUCUCACCCGGUUUUCACCCGGUGUAAUUGUAGCCUGAAUGUGUAUAGAUUUCACGUAAACAUAAUUUGAUUUCUUUUUCUCAUUUGCAUCUAAAUAGUUUACAAAAUUGUAAUUUUAACCAUUACCAUAAGCCCUCUUCUGCCCUCUCCCUCGACAACUGUUGCUUUCCACACUCUGCUUCCGCCCCUCCUCUCCCUCUGCCUCUCCUCUGCUUCUGCCUCUCCCUCCGCUCCCCAUCGUCUUCAAAGUGUGGUCCUCUACUAACUAAAGUUUCCUCAAACCCUAACUAAUCCCCUUCCUACGCUUCUCAUUAGCAUUUGUGAACAGAACCGAACCAAUGGCACAGGAGCCUUCUUCCCCUGGUGGUUCUUUGGGAGUCAAAGCGGUCGACGAAGUUCAAGCUAUGAUUCAAAAGAGUCUCGAACUUCCAAAGGUGAAGCACUUGAGGCAACGCAUGGCAGAAGCUGGCUGUGCUGUGAAGGACAAUUUUUUCAGAGCUGUUGUUUGCCAAGGGAGGAAAGGCAUGGCUUAUUUUGCUCCUGGUCACGGGAUAUUUGUGUGCAGCAACCAUGUAAGAUUUCAAGAUGAGGUCAACCAGUUGAUAAUUCAUGAGCUAAUUCAUGCAUAUGAUGAUUGCCGUGCUGUCAAUUUACAUUGGAAUAACUGUGCUCACCAAGCUUGUAGUGAGAUACGAGCUGGUCAUUUAAGCGGCGAUUGUCAUUUCAUGCGGGAACUACUUCGUGGUCAUUUCAAAUUGCGAGGGCAUGAACCGGAGUGUAUUAGAAGAAGAGUCUUGUUAUCUUUGUUUUCAAACCCCAAUUGUGUUGGUUCAGCUGCCAAGGAUUCAAUGGAAGAUGUAUGGGAUAUUUGUUACAAUGACACACAGCCAUUUGAUAAAGCUCCUUAAGAAAUUGCAUGGAUUGGUAGUGUUACCAUUUUAGCCGACCCACCUAGUGGGAUAAAGCUUUGUGAUGGUUGGUAGUGUUACCCUUCUUGCUAUUCUUUCUGUGACCAACAGUUUUGGAGGGAGACCGGCUUAAUGACCCAAUGUUGAGAAUUAAUUAUACAAAUCAUUGAAGGCUUGUUAUUGUUAUGGUGUAAAUUUCAAUAAAUUUUUCUCUGUUCAACAGAUCUUCUAUAAUUAUUUUAGGGUAUAUGCUCAAUUUAAUUCUUUUA